UUAAUAUUAGUAUAGAAUGAUAAAGGCAAGUAUAAAUAUUUUCAAAUGGAAUGGUAAUUGACAAAUUAGGAACAUAAUCAAGACAAAAUUAUUCAAAGAGAAUAUCCAUAGCCUAGUCUUUGAUAGAUACCCGAUAGUGGAUGUGGACAAACUGAAUUGAAAGCGAUGAAUGUCAUAUCUAAACUGGAUAUUUAGUGAAUACGGAACUCAAAAAUAUAUAUACUUUUUGUUUUUAAAUAUCAUAUGCUUUUAUUCUUUUUCUAAAGAUAUGUUUUUGUUCGUAUAUGUUGUAUUGGCUUGCAUGUCAGUGGCACUUUGCAGGCUGACCAAUGUCCAAAUAAUGUUGACCAGUGUUCAACCUCAUGCUACGGUUACCAAGUUUCAGCGGGAUUUAAAGAUGGAUGAUCAUUACUGCGCAGACGACAUCACGGACGCUGGAGACAACGUGCCCAGUUUGGCCGCUUGCCUGCAGCUGUGUAGAAAUAGAGGAGACAGUCUAAUCUAUAACGAAUUGACGACUCACUGCCAGUGUCAUGGAAGUCCAAAUGCUUCCAGCUUAACAUGUGUGUUUGAAGAUAAGUCAGGAAACCGGUUCUACAGCUUAGUUGGAACACCACUGCACAUUGCAGAGAGCACUGAUACGCUGCUGGUUGGGAUACCGUUGGUUCUUGCAACGGCAGAAAGUAACAUUCCUGUCACACGUUCUCUUCUUAAAACUACGCAGACGACAAAAGGCUCGACAACGACACUUGGCACAGCUCCUCUUACAACUACGCAAACGACAAAAGGCUCCACAACGACACUUGGCCCAGCUCCUCUUUCAACUACGCAGACGACAAAAGGCUCCACAACGACACUUGGCCCAGCUCCUCUUACAACUACGCAGACGACAAAAGGCUCCACAGCUCCUCUUACAACUACGAAGACGACAGAAAGCGCCACAACAACAGCUGACCCAGACAUAUGGAACUUCCGACUUGUGAAUGGUACCGCUACUUCCGGUCGGCUCGAAGUCUACAACAAAGGCACCUGGGGAGUGGUGUAUGGAUUUUCAGUCUCGGUAAUCGACGCAACGAUUAUCUGUCGGGACAUCCUUGAUCUGUCAAUGUACGGAUUCCCAAUAUACGGAGAUUAUUUUGGAAUACCGACGAUUGCAGAAGGUCUAAUGAAGGACUAUGACACGGAAUACGACCUUCUUUGUUACUCGAACAAAACAUGCAAUGCUUAUAUGUGGAAAAUAGAAAGCGAUCCCGAUUUCGAUGAGUUUGCAGAAUUUGGAACCGUUGGCUUGGACUGUACAGAUGAUGACCUUGCAAUUCAACUUGCCGACGGAGCAAACUCGUCGUCGGGAAGACUAGAAGUUAGGCUGCUUGGAACAUGGGGGACGGUCUGUGGCGGUGGCGGCUAUUGGGAAGAUGGGCCUUUAUACUGUAGAUAUUUUGGGUUGAAUUAUACUACCUUUGAGCUGGCCGGAAGUGAGACGACGAGCGGACCAGUGUGGAUUCAUGGCUUGUACGAUUGCGAUUACGGAAACGAGACCAGCCCGGCUGAUUGUGACUGGUCGCCUUACACAACAAGUUACUUUAAUCAGAAUUGUACUCAUCAUUCGGAUGUCAUUUUGUAUUGUCAAUAACAUGCAUGGGAAGUGUCUGUCAAAAUGACGAAAGAAGUUCGCCGCGAAAAACAUAGUCCCUCGUAGAUAAUCUACUGUUGUCGUAUUUGAGUGUUUUGGAAUUUAUUUUUUUUCAAUAUUUGUCAAAAUACAUAAAUGUAGAGUUUUUUGCUACAGUUGUUUUCGUUAGAUUUUGUUUUUUACUACUUCUGCGAAAAUGGUAAUUUGUAUCAAUAGGCGGCAUUAACGUUAAACUUACCAACAAGCUCUCAAGUUACUGAUAUAUCAGACCUUUACCUUUGGCCUCCUUACCAAUGGCAGUCAUAAUAUGACGUAGGCAAAAGUUUUUCAUCAGUUAUUAAUUGAAAAUAAAACUUC